CAUCGAAACAGCAGUUUAACCCCUACCACACGUCACACGUAUCGCACACGUCGAGUCCGCAGCACUCUUUCCUCUUUACUCACGGGAGUUGCCUUUUAGCGAAAGACAAUUUAUUUAUAAAUUUCUGCACGACAAAUCGACACUACAAUCAUCAUCUCAGAAUGUCCGAGGAACGUUUGGAUAUUGUAAUAUUCGGAGCGACCGGCUUCACAGGCAAAUAUGCGGUAAAAGAAGCUGAACGACUGGCCAAAGAAAAGAACUUCACUUGGGGAGUUGCCGGCAGACGUAAAGAGGCUCUGGAAGCUAUAUUGAAAGAAUUCGCUCCUGAAUCAAAGAACAUCAAAAUCAUCAUUGCCGAUUUGAAAGAUGAGGAUUCACUGAAAAAAAUGACCGAGCAAGCUAAAGUAUUGGUAAAUACAUGUGGUCCAUAUAGAUUUUACGGUGAACCUGUUGUCAAAGCUUGCAUUGCUACUCACACUCAUCAUGUCGAUGUCAGCGGUGAACCACAGUAUAUGGAAAAAAUGCAAUUGGAGUACAACAAAGCUGCUCAAGAAGCUGGAAUUUAUAUAGUCAGUGCUUGCGGUUUCGACAGUAUCCCGUCUGAUUUAGGUAUAAUCUACACUCAGAACAAAUUCGAUGGAGAAGUCAACAGCGUAGAAACGUAUUUAAAUGCAUGGUCUACGUCGAAUGCCAGUGGUGCCGGAAUACACUAUGGCACUUGGGAAUCAGCUGUGUACGGAUUGGCGCAUGCAAAUGAACUUCGUGAUCUUCGUACUAAAUUGUAUCCUGAAAAAUUGCCAAAAUUGAAACCGACAUUGAAAUCAAAAGGUGUCUUACAUCGCAGCGCUAUUUCCGAAGGUUGGUCGACGAUUUUCCCAGGUUCUGAUCGUUCGGUUUGCCUUAGAACGCAAAGAUUUUUAUAUGAAAAGUACAAGCAAAGACCUGUACAAGUUCAAACAUACGUGACAUUCAAAUCAUUGUUGCAAGUUCUUGCAGCUGCUGUAUUUGGUGGUAUCUUUUCUUUACUAGCAAAAAGUGAAUGUGGACGUUCUUUGCUGUUGAAGUAUCCAAAAUUCUUUUCUCUUGGUCUCAUAAGCCGUGAAGGACCUAAACCUGAAAUUAUGGAAAAUGCACACUUUUCAAUCACUUUUAUUGCCAAGGGUUGGACAGAAAAGUUGACAGAACCCACCGAUCAAUACGAAGACCCACCCAACAAAGAAAUGAUAACUAAAGUUAGUGGAACUAACCCUGGUUAUGGAGUUACCAAUACAACUCUACUGAUGUCUGCUAUAACGAUUCUUAAAGAGUCUGAUAAGAUUCCGGGCGAUGGUGGCGUUCUUCCUCCUGGGGCUGCAUUUGGCAAAACGUCAAUGGUUGACGAGUUAAUCAAACACGGUCUCAAGUUUGAAGUUAUAUCGUCUAUUGAGAAUUAAAAAAGAAAAUUUAUGGCAUAAUACCCGGUAAAAUUGUUACGAUUCGAGAAAAAUGAUAACUGCCGUCAGUAGAAGUUGAAUUUGAAAAGAAAUUAUUUUGUCUAUUUCAAUUUGAGAAAAACAAAACGUAUAAGAUGAAUAUCGUUUAACAUUAAAGUAGUUUUAAAUAUCCAUUUUAUACUAAAUUAUACUCCGUUAUUUCUAAGCUAUAGCUUAACAAUAUCGAAUUUUUCAACAGAUCGAAUACGUAUUUUUUUAGUGGAUUAAUGUUUUUACUACUCGAAGCCGAUAUUACGUACUAAUUGUGUAAUUGUGAUAUUCACAAGAGAUAUUUUCUUAACAUCGGAUAUUCUUCAUAAUUUAGUUCAUCCGAUAUUCAAAGUGUCAUUUGAAUUUAACGUUUUAUAACAACUGUUAUUACCACAUCAUUGUUAGAUAAAUAUUUCCCAUUUUUGGUGUUUGAUUUGCCACAAGAAAAUUGUGUUUGUAAUCAAACUAUUCAUUUUGAGAGCUCAAAUGUUUAGACUGAAUGCAAAGCAAAAGUUUUUUAUAAUUCUUUCCUUUUAUUUGCUAAGUUGAUGAAAAUAUUAAAAAUCAUGUGACGAAAAAAAAACAUGUAUAAUUUAACGUCAAUAAUCCAGUCAUGAUGCCUGUGUAUUACUCCUCCUACAGCUUUCCACUUGCAUACCUCUCGUAACUUAAGGAACUAAAAUGAAUGCGUACAGAUAUCUAGUGUUCCUCUGCUGCAUUCAAAACGAAUGUAGUUUUUGAAGUAAUAAGAACAGUAACGAACAUAUAGUAUACCGAUCAUUAAACACUGCAGAGCAGUGAAUAAUCUUCAUUGCUACAAAAAUAUACUUAAUAUUUAUAUUUAUAUAAACUAACUAUAUGCAGUUACUACGAAUUUUCUAUGAUAUUUUAUUAUUAAAAGUUUGAUGUAAUAAAUCCUAUCUAUG